AUGGCACCUGCGAAAGGUCUAGCAGCCCUCCGAGAGGCGCGUGCUAAAGGUGGAAGGUUGGGGCAAUGGAAGCCCUCCGACUCCGAAUUGUACGACGAAGUUACAGACGAACAAUACCGGUCCAUCGUUGGUGAUCGAUUGGACGCAGAUGACUUCAUCGAAGAUGACGAUCAAGGCGGAUAUGUGGAUAAUGGUAUGGAUGACUGGAAUGGAGGGACAGACGAGUACGAUGAGAGUGAGGAUGAAGAUGCGUUCGAAGGUGAAGAUGAGGAGUUCAGGAAAGCUCGUCAGAUCAAGAAAGCUAAAGCGAAAGCCAGAGCUUCAGCGGGUAAACCACUCCCCAGAUCAACCAAGCCUCAGAAGGCGAAAUCGUCUUUCUCUGACUAUGCCAAACCAGCUGCAUCCUCAUCAUCCACCUAUCGACCCGCACCUAACGCCAUGCAAGAAGACGAUUUCAUGGCGUCGCUCUUAUCUUCCGUCACAUCCGCCUCCAACGAAGUCGCCAACAGGAAACGAAAAUCAUCACCCGAUAUCCCUUCCUCAGAGGGUCUACAUCCUUCUUCCGAUUCGUCCUUCUUCUCUUCAUCCGGAAGAAAACGAUACGGUAUAGAGGAAGAUGAUGAUGACGAACCACCAUCAAUAUGGGAUUCCAAAAGGGGUGUGAUGGGUAAAAAACCUAGAAUGUCAGAUAUUACCGUUGUACCCAACAAAGAAAACAAUGAUGAUCAAGACUACAUCAUGGACAUAGAUGAUGAUCCGAUUAUGGUCAAACCUGAACCUAUAGAUGAGAACGAUGAUGACGAGGAUGAAAUGCAGAUUAGGAAAGUCAAACCUCUCACUACUUCGGCUAACACCAAAUUAAACGGUGCUACGUCGACCGUACGAAGAAGAGUGAACAAUUCCAACUCCGUCAAGAAUAUUGUCAAGCCUGAUCCGGUUAUGGUCAAAGCUGAGCCGAUGGACGAAGAGAACAUCGCAAUCACCAAACCCAAACCUACAUCUGUCCAAAAAAAUGGGAAACCGAAUCUACCAGGAUGGUCAUCGAUUCAAGAAUCCUUGUUGCCCUCCAAGACAUCAGAGUUGGAGGAAGUCAAAGCUUCCGUCGGUUCCACUAGACCCGAAAAUGUACUUGAGAAAGACGGCAGUCUGAGUAUGUUCUGGUUAGAUCAUUUCGAACAAGAUGGUGUAGUACUAUUUGUGGGUAAAGUGCAGGACAGACAAUCUGGGAAAUACGUCAGUGCCUGUGUGAGCAUAAAUGGUAUAGAGAGGAAUCUGUUUGUAAAACCUAGGCCUAAGAGAGUCGUCCAAGGUCAAGAAACAGACGAAGAGGUAUCACGUACAGAUGUAUUUACAGAAUUCGAUACCAUACGUCGAAAAGCCGGUAUCGAAGAAUGGGCGGCAUCAUACGUUCAACGUAAAUACGCUUUUGAAGAUAAAACGGUUGAAAAGGGGGAAAGUGAAUGGAUGAAAGUCGCUUAUGGAUUUGAUCAACCUGAGAUACCGAUGGGUACGACCGGUCAGACAUUCAGUCAUGUUUUCGGUACCAAUACUACGCCGUUUGAAUUAUUGGUGCUGAAACGAAAGAUUAUGGGUCCAUGUUGGUUGAAAAUCCAGAAUCCUACGUUGAGUACUAAAUCGGCAUCCUGGUGUAAGAUUGAAUUCACUGUAUCGGAUCCCAAAACGGUCAACCCAUUCUCCGAAACCGAUAAUUCCGCACCUAAAGAUACACCUCCUCUGACUAUCAUGUCGAUAUCCUUACGUACCAUUGUGAAUCAUCGGGAGAACAAGACAGAGUUGCUUUGUGCCACUACCAGGACAUGGGAGGGAUGUAAUAUUGAAGAUCCCACCCCACCCGAUCAACUUCGUUCAUCUCUCAAUACGAUCAUUCGACCAAUAGAGAAAUUCCCACCUGGUUUGGAAGGUAGAGGUAAAACGGAUAGAUCGCCAUUCCAAACUGUCAAAGCUGAACGAGCGCUCUUGAACUCCCUUUUGGCGACUAUACAGCGAUACGACCCUGACGUGAUCGUCGGACAUAACUUUCUUGGAAAUAGCUUCGAAGCUCUUUUGUAUAGACUCAAGGAGUUGAAGGCGGAUCAUUGGUCUAGGAUAGGAAGGUUUAGGAGAAAGGGUUUCAAUAUAAGUAAAGGUGGAAGUAAUCAUAGGCUGUUGGCGGGUAGGUUGGUGGCGGAUUUGUCGAGUGAUGCAGCCAAGGGAAUGAUCUCAUCAACUACAUGGUCUUUGACUGAGAUGUGUGCAACUCACCUCAAGGUUCAAAGAGAAGAUGUGGACCCGGAAGACACGCAUAGUUAUUUCGAUCAUACGUUAUCAUCACCUGAUAAAUUGAUUAAAUUCAUCAGGCUGUGCGAGGUAGAUGCAUUCUUCCAGAUGGCCAUCGCGGCUAGGGUGCAACUUUUGCCGUUGACGAAGCAGUUGACUAAUCUAGCUGGUAAUUCUUGGAAUUUGACACUCAACGGAGGUAGAGCCGUCCGAAACGAAUUUAUCUUGUUACAUGAAUUCCACCGACUAAAAUAUAUAUGUCCCGAUAAAUCACCCUUCCAGAACAACAAGAAACAUAAACAAACAGUAGUAGGGGAUGACGACGAUCCGACGACUGAAGAUAUAGUGAAUAAACCUAUCAGAGGGAAAGCAAAGUACUCUGGUGGUCUUGUGUUCGAACCGAAAAGAGGACUUUGGGAUACGUAUAUCAUGGUUAUGGAUUUCAAUUCGUUGUACCCUAGUAUCAUACAGGAGUAUAAUAUCGAUUUUACCACAGUCGAAAGAGAUGUGGAGGAUGAUCAGGCCGAAGAAGAGAAGAUACCUGAUGUACCAGCCUCGGAUGUUGCUCAAGGUAUUUUGCCUAGAAUUAUUGCUACUCUCGUUAACCGACGUAGGCAAGUGAAAGGUCUGAUGAAAGAUAAAUCAGCUACUCCAGCUCAACUAUUGCAGUAUGACAUCCGACAACAAGCUCUAAAACUCACGGCCAACUCGAUGUAUGGUUGUCUUGGUUUUGCCGGAUCUCGAUUCUCUUCUAGACCCUUGGCUGCAUUGACUACUUUCAAAGGUCGAGAGAUCUUGACACAUACGAGGGAAUUAGCAGAAUCCUUACAACUUGAUGUUGUGUACGGAGAUACAGAUUCAGUCUUUGUGAACUCCAACGUAACUUCCUUACAAGAAGCACAUAAGAUUGCCAACGACUUCAAAAAAUUGGUCAAUGAACGAUACAAGUUACUCGAGAUUGAUCUGGAUGCGAUUUUCGAGAGAAUCUUAUUGUUAAACAAAAAGAAAUACGCUGCGGUCAAGAUUGAAGAUAACGGUGAGAGGAAAACGGAAGUGAAAGGUUUGGACAUGAAACGAAGAGAGUUCAGUAAAGUCUCGAAAGAUGCUUCUAGUGCUGUCCUCAAAGAGAUUCUGAGUGGUGAAUCAACGGAAAUCGUAGUUGAGAAGAUACAUGAAUUACUCACGAAUCUUGGUGAGGCCGUUAAAAGUGGUUUGAUACCCUUGGAAGACUUUAUCAUCUUCAAGCGUCUCGGUAAGAACCCCGAAGAUUACCCAGACAAGAAGUCCCAACCCCAUGUCCAAGUCGCGCUACGGAUGAAAUCAAAGGGAGCAUCCGUUCGAGCUCACGAUGUCAUACCGUACAUAAUGUGUUUGGACGAAAGUGGGAAAGGAGGAAAGACCGCUCAGGCAGAAAGAGCUUUCCACCCAGAUGAUUUGAGGAGGCAAGGCUCGGAGCUGAAGAUUGAUUACGACUUCUACCUCGAUACGCAAAUCCUGCAACCCGUACUGAGGUUAUGCGAGACUAUUGAAGGUACCGAACGAUCAAGAUUAGCAGAAUGUCUAGGACUGGACCCAUCGCGAUAUGCUUCCUCGGGACCUGGGGUGACGGAUGAAAAGCAAUUCUUCACUUUCGAAUCACAAAUAUCGGAUAAAGAGCGAUUCAAGGAUGCUGAACCUCUUCAGUUGAGAUGUGUCGCUUGUGAGAGUACUUUUGCCUUCCAAGGUUUGAUGGAUGAAUCUACCAAUAUACAACACGUUGGAAUAUCCUGCUCGGCCUGUCAUGCUAUCCUACAUCCUGCUUCUGUCUCCGUCCAACUGGAAAACCAGAUACGUUCUCAUAUAUCUCGAUACUAUCUUGGAUGGACCGUAUGUGAUGGUGAAGGAUGCGGAGCAAGAACGAGGAUGAUGAGUGUAUAUGGAAAGAGGUGCUUGGGUUUGGUCAAAGAGGGAUGUAAAGGUACUGUCAGAUUAGAGUAUAACGAUAGUACAUUGUAUAACCAGUUGUUAUAUUAUCGAAGUUUGUUUGAUGGGGAGAAAGCUAUUUCAAACGCAAGAGGAUCAGCUAGAUUUGAGGAAAUCCGAGCAUUGGUCUUACCCAACACUGCAUUAUUUGCUCAACUGGUGAAUGAGGCUGAUAAAUACCUGAAUAAGAAUGGAAGGAGGUUUGUGGAUAUGAAGAGUUUGUUCGGAUUCAUGGAAAGAAUUAAAAUAUGA